AGGCGGGGCUGGGGCGCGGCGGCGGGCUCGGCGGCAGCGGGGGUAUGGAGGCGGUGCUGGGGCAGGUGGCGCAGCUACCGGCGCUGCUGGCCGUGUGCAGCUCCGCGCUGGUGCGUGCCUGGGACCCGCCGACCCUGGAGCGGGCCCUGGACUGGGGCCGCUACUUCCAGCAUCUCCACGACCGCCUCCGCGCCCGGCCCCGGCUCCGCCACGCCGUGGGGCAGCGGCUGCGGCGGGCCCAGCCGGGCGCUCCGCUCGCCUUCGGGCAGCUGGGGCGCUGCGCAGAGCUGCUGGGCCUGGCGCUGCUGGAGAACCGUGCCCUGCCGCCCGCCGCCUGUCGCCGCCUCCUCCAGCGCCUGCUGCAGCCCCCCGCCGCCCGGCCCAGCCGCCUGGCGCUGCUGGCCCGCAGGAAGGCCGCCUCCCGCCUGCUGGAGCCGCUCCGCAGCUCCCCGCCGCCGCCGUCCUUCGGGGGCCCGGAGCCGCGGCUGGCCGCCGAAGCGGGGCUGCUGCUGGGCCGCCUGCGGGACGAGCCCCCGGGGGAGCCCCGCUGGCUCGGAGGGGUCCUGCAGCAGCUGCCCCAGCCCAGAGCCUUCCGGGUGGUGGCGGCAGCGCUGUUGCUGUUGCGGCAGGGGGGAGGCCCCCGGCAGGAGGAGGAAGCAGGGGCUGACCCUCUGCUUUCCUGGCUGCUGGAGGACGCGGAGAGGUUUGCUGCCUUCUGUCAGCAGCUCCCGGGCUCUCUUCUUGCUUCGUUAGCUGCUCACUAUUCGCAAAUAAGCAAACGUUAUUUGGACCUCUUGAGUGACUGGGGAAGCUGCUUGCUGUAUGACCCCUUGCAGGGACAGUGGGUUAAAAGCUGCCCCGAUGAGGGUGAACUGUCCUGGGAGGAGCUGAGGGAGCGCUUCAGCUGCCUGUGUAAGGGACCUGUGCCGCUCAGGGGACAGACCCAAGCUGCUCUCAAACUCCUGAAGGGACGGGAUGGAGACUUUCAAGUCCGUGGCCUAAGUGUGUGGACUGACUUACUGUUGGAAGUACAGGAAGAUUUGAGGAAACGAGCAGAGCACUGAUGCGUGAACACAAAAGCAACACAAAAAACUUUUGAAAUUCGGCAAUUCUGAUUAACUCUGUAUUUGAUACGAAAGGCAGGAGCACUAUAUGUUGAUCUGGGUUGGAAACAAAUAUUGAUGGGACUAAUGAUAACACUGUUUAUGAUUGUAUGUUAAGCCUGCCAGGAAGGCCUGGUGCUUCUUCGUAAUUGCACUGCUGAUUCUCCUGCUCACCAGCAGGAAAUGGUUUUCUUUUCAGUGCUUACUUCUCAGCUAAUAAAAUGUAUGUUUGCCAACAAAAAA